AAAUAUAUAAAAAAUACACGAAUUAAUUUAUUUAUUCUUUAGAUUUUAUUAAUUAUUUUCCCGACAUUUAACAUCUAAUCAACAUUAAUUUAUUAAUUAUUUUUUUCAAUAAAUUUAAAAUUUUAAGUCAAUUUAAUUGUUAAUGGCAUUUAUUUGUUAAUAAUAUUUUAAUUUUCUAAAAUAUGGCUGAUCCUUUAUUUGGUCAGGUCCCUAUUAACCCUGUGAAUCAUCAGAUGAUGAACGUAUCUGAUGAGCUGGCUGCUACUAUCGGUGGUAGGAUGGCAGCUGGUAAGAAAUCUAAAGGCCCGGUUCAUUUGAGAAAGGCCGCUGGGAUAGUUUGGAACGAUCCUACUUUGGAAGACUGGCCUAAGAACGACUAUCGCAUAUUUUGUGGAGAUUUGGGGAAUGAAGUUACCGAUGAAAUCCUUGCCAACGCCUUUAAAAGGUAUCCUUCAUUUCAGCGUGCAAGGGUUAUUAGGGAUAAAAACUCAGGGAAGUCUCGGGGUUACGGCUUCGUUUCUCUCCUUAACCCUAAUGAAAUGCUUACUGCUCUUAAGGAGAUGAAUCACGCCUUUGUAGGCAAUCGGCCUAUUCGAGUUAUGCGUAGUAAAUGGAAGGAUAGAGAUAUAGACUCUGAAAAGAACAGACAAAUGGCAAAGAACUAUAAGGUUGCCAGGGACGACGAGAAGACUAUUAGAAAAUUUAAGAAACUUGGUAAGUCUGUUACUGGGGGUAAAAGGUCUAACAUGGUCUACGAGCCAAGAGUUUUUAAAAGGCAUAAGGUUUACCUCAGUACUGGUGCUACUAACAAGUUGGGGAAUAUUCCUACAAUUGCUCAAAAUCACAUUCUAGAUAAUAUUUAACUAGUUCACAUGUAAUAUACUACACAAGUA